AUGCUGUCCAAGAGCUUCUCGGAACUGUUAUGGCGGCGAUCCGCAUUGUCGUCAGCUGCUUUCCGCUGUGCUAGAACAAUCUCGACCAACAGAUUAGCCUCUCUACCACACACUCCUCUGUUCGAAGCUAUUAAGUCGCAUGAUCCAGAGAGCUCGGCCGUAAUUCACUCCCUGUCAGGCCGUCAAUUCAGCUAUGGUUCACUCCUGAAAGACGUUGCAAUCGCCAAACAACGACUUGCCAAUGACGCUGGUAGAGAUGCUGAAGCCUUGCAAGGCGAGCGCAUCGCUUUCUUGGUCGAGAAUAGCUAUGACUAUGUAGGUGCGCUGACCUCCUGUUUCUUUUUCUCUUUGAUUUCCCCUUCUACUCUCUCCUUGUGCCCUUCUUCUUGCCGGUCCUUCUGGGUGAGACCGAUUGCUGAGGCAUGUGGUCAACANGUGACGCUACUCGCCAUUCUAGGGACCAAUGCCAUUGCCGUACCGCUAUCGCCUGCCUUCCCAUCUGGAGAACUGAGAUAUAUCCUCGAUCAGAGUGGUGCGCUUAUGCUGGCUGCCUCUUCGAAGUUUGCGACCAAGGCCGAUGAUGUUCUGGAUGGCGAGCUCGAGAAGAAGCCCAUUCUGUCGCGUUGGGAGAAGAUCGUGGAAGGCAGCAAGAUCAGUCAAGAUGUGGUUCUUGAGGAUAUGAAAGAGGACAAGGGUGGCAUGAUGUUGUAUACCAGUGGCACGACCAACAGACCUGUGAGUCUUCUCAGUCGUCGCGAAACAACCGAAGUCCUGACAAUCAACAGNAAAGGAGUGCUACUCCCGCAAUCCACUCUCAUGGCUCAGGCAAAGUCCCUCUCCGAAGCAUGGCACUACUCGCCAAACGACCACUUCCUUCACGUCCUGCCUCUUCACCACAUCCACGGCACAGUCAACGCUCUCUUGACACCCCUGCUUGCUGGCAGCACUAUCGAAUUCCUCUUUCCCUUCACAGUCGAUUCUGUCUGGUCACGACUUGCAGCACCCUUCCUUCCAGCCACAUCCGAGCCGACGAANAAGCCAAUUUCCUUCUUUACUGUCGUACCUACAAUCUACAACAGACUGCUACAGUCACACAACACUCUUAGCCCAGAAAUGCAAAAGGCAACGAAAGAAGCUCUGGACCCGAAAAACAUGCGCCUGAAUAUCAGUGGCUCAGCAGCUCUGCCAACGCCUACAAAACAAGCUUGGACAGAGUUGAGCAAUGGCAACGUACUUCUUGAACGUUACGGCAUGACGGAAGUAGGCAUGGCUCUUUCAUGCGGUCUGGCGAACGAGGAUCGAGUAGAUGGAAGUGUAGGUUGGCCGCUGCCAUCCGUUGAAGCUCGUCUGGUCGACCUCGACACAAAAGCCGUAAUUCAGCCUGGCGAAGAACUCGAUGCGAACGGAAAAGAACGUAGUGGAGAGAUUCAGCUGCGUGGACCCACCAUCUUCAAGGAGUAUUGGAAUAACCCUACAGCUACAGCAAAAGAGUUUACUGAAGACGGCUUCUUCAAAACUGGCGAUGUGGCCGUUCGAAGAAAUGUACCUUCUGCAGGCAAAGGCGCAUCAGGAGAAUGGGCACAAGGACCAAUGUACUUCAUCCUCGGCCGUCUCUCAGCCGACAUCAUCAAAGUCGGUGGCGAGAAAGUGUCAGCUCUGGAAGUAGAAAGAGAGAUGCUGUCACUACCUGCAAUCUCAGAAUGUGCCGUAGUAGGCCUGCCAUCCGAGACUUGGGGUCAAAAACCAGCUGCAGUGGUUGUAUUGAGCGAACAAGGCAAGACUGCGGGCAAAGGUGGAAAAGCAUUUGGUGCUAUGGAUUUGAGAAGAGGCUUGAAGGAUAAAAUGGCUGCGUUCAAGAUUCCUCAAGAGUUGAAGGUGGUGGAAAGUAUUCCUAGGAAUGCGAUGGGCAAGAGUAAGUUUUGUUUGUUGUUUCCAUGA